AGGUGGUCUAAUUGAGUUUUGGUCUGUCGGAGUCAUAUGCUCGUAGUCCCUGUCCCCACGCACAUUUUCCACACGGAAGGCCGCAGCCCUUUCUGCCGCCAUGGCUUCAGUUCGUGUCGCUGUCCGAGUUCGUCCCCUUAACAAAAGAGAACAGCAACUGGCAUCCAAGGAGGUGACCCAUUUGGAUGGGAACACUAUAUUUUUGUAUAAGCCAUCAUCUGUUCAAGAGAAGAAGAACACAAAGAUCUUUUCUUACGACUUCUCAUAUGAUUCAACCGACAGAGGAAGAUCCUCAUUUGCAUCCCAGGAGACGAUUUUCAAUGAUUUGGGGCAUGACGUCUUGAAAGCUGCUUUUGAGGGAUUCAAUGCCUGUGUGUUUGCCUAUGGACAAACGGGAUCAGGGAAAUCCUACACAAUGAUGGGUCGCACUGAGGAAAAAGGUUUAAUCCCAAGGAUCUGUGAAGGCUUGUUCUCCAACAUAUCUGAAAGAAGCUCGGUCGACUAUAAUGUGUCAUUUCGCACAGAAGUCAGCUUUAUGGAGAUCUACAAUGAACGUGUGCAUGAUCUUCUCCAAAAGAAGACUCUAACCAUGGAGGGUGGAGGCCUAAGAGUGCGGGAACACCCGAGGGAUGGGCCAUAUGUGGAGAAUCUAUCUAAGCACUUGGUACACAGCUACAGGAAUAUGGAAGAGUUGAUAGCUGUCGGGAACACCAAACGUAUCACUGCCAGCACAGGGAUGAAUGACUGCAGUAGCCGCUCUCAUGCCAUCUUCACCAUCAGCUUCACCCAGGCAUGGUUUGAUGCUGAGUUGCCGCGCGAAAUGCUGAGUAAGAUCCACCUGGUCGACCUGGCUGGCAGCGAAAGGGCGAACGCCACGCGCACCUCUGGCAUCAGGCUGAAGGAGGGCGCCAACAUUAACAAAUCCCUCGUCACCCUCGGCACGGUCAUCUCAGCUUUGGCUGACCUCAGUGUGGGAGAACCGACAACCAAAAAGAUGAUCUUCAUCCCUUACAGAGACUCUGUGCUGACAUGGCUGCUGAAAGACAGCCUGGGUGGAAACUCAAAGACUACCAUGAUUGCAACCAUAUCCCCUGCGGAUGUGCACUAUGGCGAGACCCUGAGCACAUUGCGCUACGCUAGCCGGGCUCGAAACAUUGUGAACUCCCCGACAGUGAAUGAAGACGGCAGUUUGAAAUUGGUCAGGGAGCUGAAGGCAGAGGUUACCAGGCUCAAGGAGCUACUAGAAGAAGCCAAACGGGUUUCUCACAGAGGGCGGUCUUCCUCAUUGAAGGUGGAAGAGGAGCUGCAUCAGACUGAAGAAAAGGUUUGUACACUAACCAAGGAGUGGACCUGCAAAUGGGAGGGGACACGUGGUAUUCUGCAGGAGGAGGCGGUGGCUCUGAAGAAGGAAGGGAGUGCGGUGGUUUUGGACUGCCAGCUUCCCCAUCUGAUAGGCAUUGAUGAGGACUUGCUCAGCACUGGCAUCAGUCUCUAUUAUUUGAAAGAAGGCAAAACCCUGAUAAACCCUAACAAAGCAUCCUGCGGUGUGGAUAUUGCAGUUGGUGCGAGCGGGCUCGGCGGUGAGCACUAUGUGUUUGAGAACCACGCUGGGAUUGUGACUCUCAUCCCUCAGGAGGGUGCAGUGUGUUCAGUCAAUUGCGCUGUGGUAACUCAUCCCUGUCAACUGACUCAGGGUGCCAUCAUACAGCUUGGGAGAAGAACCACAUUACGCUUUAACCACCCCACCGAAGCUGCCCACCUCAGAGAGCAACAGCAGACUGUGCGGAUGUCGAGAAUCAGCCUGUGGCCAAAAUUGGAAACGCAAAAUCCCUCCAAGACCAUGCUUGCCACUCCAAGUGUGGUUGAUGUACUUACCUCAAGGACAACGCAGUCAAAACUGGUGACUUGCUCUUCUGACUUAAUGACAGAAGUACCUGGAAAAUGUCCUGUCCCUCCGACUAGUUUCAAUUUGGAAGGAGAGACACAACGGAAUGGGGUAAGCACCAGGGGUGACCUGGAAUGGGAGACGGUUCGGUGUCAUAAAUCACGGCCAGAGCUCAUGUCUGAGCACCCUUCGAGGGAAGCGGAGAACGUGGCUGAAGUAGCACGUUGCACAAGAAAGGAGGUGUGGUCAGGGGAUGCCAGCCUCCAGCAGACAAGUGUCCUGGGCCUAGGUGAUGGAUGUGUCAUGAAGCCAGAGGGGAAUGCUAAUGAGAUCCAAGGAGUUGUGGCUCAGUGCUACAAGGGGAGACCUGGCUCUGGUGGGAGCUCAUUAGGCAACGUGUCCCACCUUCAGCAUACAGGGGGAGAUAGCUCCAUAUCUUGCCCCCAACAGGCCAGCACUCCUCAGCUCAAGGAACAUGCUCUCGGCAGUCAGGGAUCCUGCCCUCUAUCUGAGGAAACUAUCUUGAAGGCACGACUGGGCUGUGGAGACUUGACAGACUGUGAAUGUUUGGAGCAGUAUGCAACAGAGGCCGAAGUCCCUGUGGGAGCUGAAGUUCAACAAUCAGGAUUGAAUGCCUUUGUCAACAGAGUGAGUUGGAUUGCCCAAGAUGCUCGGCAUUUCCUUUGGAGUAUGGCACUGCAGCCGCUUGGAAAGACAGAAAAGAAAGACAGACAAAAGCCUUUUGUGGCCUGCUGGUCCAAUCAUCUAAUUUCUCUCGUCAGGGAAAGCAAGGUCAUGUCUGUAAUUGACAGCCAAGUCUUCCCUCUGGUUCGAGGGAGCUAUGUCUUGUCACGUUUCAAAGGUAGUCGCAUGUAUUCAAUGGUCAAAGAUCUACCACUGAUACAGCACAUCCAGAUGGAGAUAAAGGGCCACCUUUGGGCAAGUGAAGCUACUAGGAUUAUGCAGGACUACGAUCGUCAAAACGCCACACAACGCCCAGUCUUGUCCCAGACACAAAAUAACAUCAAAUCGGAGUGUAUUCCAGAUCUGCAGUUACAAGAGCAGGACAUGGAUAUUGGUUUAAUACAGGAGGAAAUAAGUACUAAAUUACUACCUGUGAAAGACAAAACAAUUAUUCAUGCACCCACAGACGAGCAGCAGGCAUUCGAUAACUCUGCAUGUGGUCAAAAGAGUGAGGUCCAAAGAUUUUUUCUGAUGUUGAUUGACUAUCCCCUUCCCCUUGCUAACCUACAAAACCUCUCAUUGAGAGACCUGAAAGCCUCCAUACAGUUAGCUCUGUCCAGCACACUGCUGGAUAGUCAGAACAUUUUAGCUCUCUUUUGGAUGAAUGCAGCCAAAUGCAGCCAACCUGAACCUUGUCCUGCUCUCCUGGUCCUCUUGGAGGCGGGUCUUUAUACACUGACUGCGGAAUCUGGGCUGCUGGUGUUGUUCCAUCAGCUCCCCUUCUUGCAGCUGAAGGAGUUGCAAAUAAGCUUUGCAGGCCACGGUUUGCGUUUAAUGGGCUCAACAGAGGAAAGCAUCUUGGGUGUGUACACUCACAGCCGGAAGCUUACCAAAGAGGUGUGCUCAGCCAUACUAGGGGUCAUACAUCCUGGGGACAGCAGAGUCUCUCAGCACCCACUAUUUGAUGAUGACUGGAGGACACUCGGGGACAGAUUGUCGUUUGACUUACAGGCUUCUGUGCCAGACCUUGUGCUGGAUGCUGGUCUGCGGGUGUGCUGCCAGUUUCAGAGGAGUCUGGCAGAUCUGGUUUAUCUUCUUCACUGCAACAUGGAAGAAGAAACUGUCAUUGCCCUCGGAGAGGUGCAGCUCUUACUAUACACAAGCGUAAAAGUCUGCAUUAGCUCCGUUAGUGACGCUGAAAUCCUGGCCCAGCUUAUACUUACCGAUACCCACCUAGGUCUGGUGCAGGAGGAGGUUCUCUUUCAUCCAACCCCACGCUUUGUUUCUAUACAGGCCUGCCAUCCCCAGUUCCGCAACUUGCGUCUUCGUCAGCGCUCAGAUGUGCGCUGCAUGCUGGUACAUGAUGAAGACGCGUGCGGAUCUGUUAGACUGGAGUUAAUCCUUUCAAAUGUGAGGGACAGAGGUCACCCUGAAAGUGUGACCAAAGUAGCCAGUCUGCUUGCCCAUGCUUCUAAUUUAUCUCCACAGGCAGAGGUGUGGAAAUUAACUUUCCUUUGCUCCACCGAGGCUGCAUGCCUGAUUAAUCAUUUGUCAAAUGUCUGAACAACGGACAGACAGUAAUGAGCUGCUCAGCUUGAAGACAUACUGAGAAUUCCCAACCAGAGCGAAAGACACCUGUGACGAUGAAUACCAUGACCGAUUUUGAUGUUUGAUUCUUCUCUGCAUAAAAUUGAAAUUUUAUAUAACACGACUUUAGCUUGUACAAUUUUAAAAUGCUUGAACAAUUGUUCUUUUCAAUUUGUUUUAGCCACCACGACUACCCCCAUGUUCUUUUACCAUACUACACAAUGGUGGUUCAGUAGGACCAUAAACUGUAUGUAAGUUUAGUGUGAUAGAUACUACAAUAUUUACUAUUUUUUUUAAAGGAUUUUAGUUAUCUUGAAUAAAUGUUGUGAUUUAACUUAUAUAUGCUUGUCAGGUUUUUCAGAUUGAAUAUUUUAUGUAAUUGUAAACAGUUCUGUUGUUUCUGGGAGUAUGUAAAUA